AUGGCGCUUACCAUUCCUGAAGCCAGACAAUUAGUCAACCAUAGGCAUAUCCUGGUCAAUGAUCGUAUAGUAGAUAUACCAAGUUAUCGUUGCAAACCCCAAGAUUUUAUAUCUAUAAAGGAUAAACAAAGGUUGAGAGAUAAGGAUAAGGGAAAAGGUAAGGUUGGUGGUGAGAGGAUUGAGAUUGAUGCACCACAGCAGGAUAUACCAAAGCAGGUUGCACCGGUGCAGGAUAUGCCAGAUGUAGUUAUAUCAGAGCAUGAUGUGCUAGGGCAUGAUAAUAUUGAUAGUCUGAGAGCACAGAUUGAUCAGCUUCGAGCACAGAUAUAG